AGCCAGGUCUGAGUCUCAGUGAGGGGAGCAACAAGCUGACGGGUGGCACGGGGCAAAAGGCUUCAGCUGCAGAGACAGGGUGGAGACCUUCAGAGCAAAACCACAGAAGAAGUUAACGGAAGUAGCAGGAAGGACAUUAGAGAUGAAAGAGUUGCUGGAUUAGAUUAGACUAGAUUAGAGGAGAAGUGAAGUUUCUGCAGGUGGAGGUCGACCAGCAGGAGGAGAAACCCUGAGAACAGACUCUGGCGUAGACCAAGAUGUGUUCAACCAGACCAGGGGUCAGGCUGUAAAAGACAAGAGGAGGUCGCCCCCCUCUGCCAGGUCCCCCUCCACCCCACAAGCCCACCAGAGCAGCACCACAGACGAACAGGAGAGCCCAGAGAGAGUGGUGCAGAAAGAGAAACUUCAUGCUGAGCUGAAGCAGGUGUUGAGUCAAAAGAGAAGUCAUCUGAGAGAGUCCACCUGCCACCUUGCCCAACCAGAGAUGGAUCCAGAACCAGCAGAGAAACAGACAGGUGUGGAAGAAGUCUCUAAGCCAGUGGAGAUCGUUGUGGAGACAGAGGCAGAGGUUGGUGCCAGCGGCUACAGUGUGAGGGGUGGAGGAGUUCAGGGCAUCUUUGUUAAAGAUGUCCUCAAAGAUUCUCCAGCUGCUAAACACCUGAGUCUACAAGAAGGUGAUCAGCUGCUGAGUGCUAAAGUCUACUUUGAAAAUGUGAAAUAUGAAGACGCUCUCCGGAUCCUGCAGUGUGCAGAACCCUAUAAGGUCAGCUUCCAGCUGAAGAGGACAAUCCCAAAAGCUGAAGUCAGUGUGAGGCCAAGACUUCCCAGUGGGGAGGUCAAAGUUCCCAAAACAAAGAUGGCCAAAAUGAGUGUGAAGGGCAUGAAGCCAUUCAAGAUUCAGAAGAAAAGAGGUGGUCGCUUUGGUCUGAAGAGGCUGAAAGAGAAGCGUAGAGAGGAGCUGGUGAUCGAGGGAACACCUCCACGGAUAGAGACAGGUGAUGUGCACGUGGAGAUCUCACUCCCCAAAUUAAAACAGAAGAAAAAUGUGAAACCUGACACAGAUGAAGUGGGGACAGCAAAAAGAAAGAUCAGGAUUCCCCACAUGAAAGCCAAGAAAUAUAUUAAACCAGAGACAGAACUGGAAACAGGUCAACUUGAAGGACAUGUGGACGUCCCUUCAUAUGAAAUGCAGAAAGUGAAAACUAAAGAAAAAGAACACAAGUUUGGAAUCACAUUUCCCAAAACCAAACAUGCAAAGUUGGGUUCUAAUUCUGGAUCAUUACAAGUGAAACCUGCAGACGUCAGCCUCCAUCCACCGUCAGUAAUGUUCGGUUUGUCUGGCAAUAAAGAAGUGGAGAAGAGAGGGUCAAAGUUUAACCCCCCUGAUGUGGAGUUUUCUCUGCCUUCAGGAAAAGCUGAGGUAUCUUUGCCCAAUGUGAUGGGAACAACUGAAAUCCCAGCUUCUAAAGGCAAAGCCAGUGAAAAUGAAGGGAAAGCUCAUUUAGAUGUUGGAGAUUUAAAAGUCAAAAUGCCAAAAUUAAAACUACCCAAAAUGAGACUCUCACAUCAUUCAGAUGAGAUUGACGGCAAAGCAAAAGUGGCAUCUAAGGGAAUGAAAAUACCUGAUGUUGGCAUAAAAAGUGGACAGGUUAGUCUUCCUGACACACAAGUCACAAAACCAAACAUUAAAGGUGACGUCUCAGGAGAAGCUGGUUCUAUUCAGUUGCCAUCAGCUGAUAUCUCUUUGUCCAAAGGAAAGACUGGCACAAUUGGUUUACUUCAGGAGUACGAAGAAGGGGUCAAGACAGAUGUCAAAAUGCCUUCCAUGAACAUCGCUGUACCCGAAGUUGACUUGAAAUUUGAUCAAGGACAAAGAAUUCCAGAUGAAGUGGACGGCACUAUUAAAGGGUCCAAAAUAUUCAAGCCACAGGCAGAUAUAUCCUUACCAAAAAUGGGAUCUCCUAAUGUGGAUAUUGAAGGUCAAGAUAUUGAAGGAAAGUUCCAUCCACCUUCCUUUGGCAUCUCUGUCUCAAAGGAAAAAUCAGAUGGAGUAGAUGUGGAUAUGGACUAUUAUGUUGGUGGGAACGGAAAGUUCAAACUGCCUGACUUUGACAUAACACUUCCAAAGAUAACAUCAUCAGAACCAGAGGGGGUCUUCAAGUUGCCCAAAGUAGACUUGACUAUGUCCAAAAGCAAAAGUGAUUAUGAAAAAGGAGAAAUGCAGCUUCCAUUCCUUGACAUCUCACUUCCUAAUGUAAGGACAGGUGAAGCAGAAGUUUAUGUUAAAGAUGGUAAGAAUGAAAAACCAGGCAUAUUACCUCCUGAGAGCAAAGUAAAGGGAGGUGUUGAGCUAGAGGGACAAAUUGAGAAAGGAGGGAAUUUCAAAAUGCCUUCUAUUGGCGUGUCACUACCUAAAAUACAAACAGCUGGUGCUGAUGUUGAUAUGCAACCAAAUGAGCUUAAAGGAGACAAAACUGAGCUACCUUCUCUUGAUUUCUCUCUACCUAAAUUAGAAGUAAAGGGACCGGAGAUCAUCCUAGAAAAUCCUGAACUAAAAGAAAGAAAUAUUGAAAAGCCUGAUAUAGAGAUUUCAUUUCCAAAAGGAAAGUCUGAAGUGGAUCUCAAUUUUAAAAGCAUGAAUAUGAAAGGCGAGACGUUCAAAAUGCCCAAAAUUGAUAUUUCAAUUCCAAAAACAAACCCACCAGAAGAAGACAUUGAAGCUGGAAAACAAUCUGAAAUAGGAGGAAAAUUUCACAUGCCCACUAUUGACAUAACGCUCCCAAAGGUGAAGGGUAAAGGACCUGAGAUAAAUGUUGAAGGUCCAGAAGUUCAAGGUGGAAAUGUCAACAUGCCAUCUCUUGAUGUGUCUCUGCCCAAAAUGAAGUCACCUAAAGUAGAUAUCAGCCUUGAGGGUCCUGAUGUCAAAGGAGGAAAAGUUCAAAUCCCAACAGUCGAUGUUUCUCUUCCCAAAGGUAACGUGGAGGGUGAUAUAAAUGUUGAAGGACCCGAAAUGCAAGGAGGAAAGUUCAAGAUGCCAAAAUUGGAUGUUUCUUUACCAAAGGUUACUCUCCCUAAAGUUGAAGGGCCAGAUGUCAAAGGAAAUUUUGAAAUGCCAACAGCUGAUAUUUCGCUUCCCAAAGCAAGGACAGAUGUGGAUAUUGAUGCUGGAACUGGUAAAGGUGGCAAGUUUCAUCUUCCGUCAGUUGAUAUAUCUCUCCCUAAAAUGAAAACAAAAGGAGUUGAUGUGGAUUUUCAUGGGCCUAACAUGAGAGGUGAUGUGUCACUUCCUAAAGUAAAGUCUCCAGAGGUUGACAUCACGCUUAAGGGCCCUGACAUAGAAGUUGGAAAGGUUGACUUGCCAGAUGUUGAUGUAUCACUUCCCAAAGGAAAACUUGAGGGUGACUUUGACGGUGAGGGCCCUGAGGUCAAGGGUGGUAAAUUCAAAAUGCCCAAAAUUGAUAUGUCCUUACCAACAAUUAAUCUCCCAGAAGGUGGUUUGAAAAUGAAAGGCCCAGACAUCAAACCAAGAAAGAUUGAGAUGCCAGACAUUGAUCUCUCACUUCCCAAAGGAAAGGCAGGAGGAGACGUUGAAGCUAGAGGACCCUCUGGGAUAGGCGGAAAAUUUCACAUGCCCUCUAUUGACAUAACGCUCCCAAAGAUGAAGGGUAAAGGACCUGAGAUAAAUGUUGAAGGUCCAGAAGUUCAAGGUGGAAAUGUCAACAUGCCAUCUCUUGAUGUGUCUCUGCCCAAAAUGAAGUCACCUAAAGUAGAUAUCAGCCUUGAGGGUCCUGAUGUCAAAGGAGGAAAAGUUCAAAUCCCAACAAUUGAUGUUUCUCUUCCCAAAGGUAACGUGGAGGGUGAUAUAAAUGUUGAAGGACCCGAAAUGCAAGGAGGAAAGUUCAAGAUGCCAAAAUUGGAUGUUUCUUUACCAAAGGUUACUCUCCCUAAAGUUGAAGGGCCAGACGUCAAAGGAAAUUUUGAAAUGCCAACUGCUGAUAUUUCGCUUCCCAAAGCAAGGACAGAUGUGGAUAUUGAUGCUGGAACUGGUAAAGGUGGCAAGUUACAUCUUCCGUCAGUUGAUAUACUUCUUCCUAAAAUGAAAACAAAAGGAGUUGAUGUGGAUUUUCAUGGGCCUAACAUAAAAGGUGAUGUGUCACUUCCUAAAGUAAAGUCUCCAGAGGUUGACAUCACCCUUAAGGGCCCUGACAUAGAAGUUGGAAAGGUUGACUUGCCAGAUGUUGAUGUAUCACUUCCCAAAGGAAAACUUGAGGGUGACUUUGAAGGUGAGGGCCCUGAGGUGAAGGGCGGUAAAUUCAAAAUGCCCAAAAUUGAUAUGUCCUUACCAACAAUUAAUCUCCCAGAAGGUGGUUUGAAAAUGAAAGGCGCAGACAUCAAACCAAGAAAGAUUGAGAUGCCAGACAUUGAUCUUUCACUUCCCAAAGGAAAGGCAGGAGGAGACGUUGAAGGUAGAGGACCCUCUGGCAUAGGCGGAAAAUUUCACAUGCCCACUAUUGACAUAACGCUCCCAAAGGUGAAGGGUAAAGGACCUGAGAUAAAUGUUGAAGGUCCAGAAGUUCAAGGUGGAAAUGUGAACAUGCCAUCUCUUGAUGUGUCUCUGCCCAAAAUGAAGUCACCUAAAGUAGAUAUCAGCCUUGAGGGUCCUGAUGUCAAAGGAGGAAAAGUUCAAAUCCCAACAAUCGAUGUUUCUCUUCCCAAAGGUAACGUGGAGGGUGAUAUAAAUGUUGAAGGACCUGAAAUGCAAGGAGGAAAGUUCAAGAUGCCAAAAUUGGAUGUUUCUUUACCAAAGGUUACUCUCCCUAAAGUUGAAGGGCCAGACGUCAAAGGAAAAUUUGAAAUGCCAACUGCUGAUAUUUCGCUUCCCAAAGCAAGGACAGAUGUGGAUAUUGAUGCUGGAACUGGUAAAGGUGGCAAGUUUCAUCUUCCGUCAGUUGAUAUAGUUCUUCCUAAAAUGAAAACAAAAGGUGUUGAUGUGGAUUUUCAUGGGCCUAACAUGAGAGGUGAUGUGUCACUUCCUAAAGUAAAGUCUCCAGAGGUUGACAUCACGCUUAAGGGCCCUGACAUAGAAGUUGGAAAGGUUGACUUGCCAGAUGUUGAUGUAUCACUUCCCAAAGGAAAACUUGAGGGUGACUUUGAAGGUGAGGUCCCUGAGGUGAAGGGCGGUAAAUUCAAAAUGCCCAAAAUUGAUAUGUCCUUACCAACAAUUAAUCUCCCAGAAGGUGGUUUGAAAAUAAAAGGCCCAGACAUCAAACCAAGAAAGAUUGAGAUGCCAGACAUUGAUCUCUCACUUCCCAAAGGAAAGGCAGGAGGAGACGUUGAAGCUAGAGGACCCUCUGGCAUAGGCGGAAAAUUUCACAUGCCCUCUAUUGACAUAACGCUCCCAAAGAUGAAGGGUAAAGGACCUGAGAUAAAUGUUGAAGGUCCAGAAGUUCAAGGUGGAAAUGUGAACAUGCCAUCUCUUGAUGUGUCUCUGCCCAAAAUGAAGUCACCUAAAGUAGAUAUCAGCCUUGAGGGUCCUGAUGUCAAAGGAGGAAAAGUUCAAAUCCCAACAAUCGAUGUUUCUCUUCCCAAAGGUAACGUGGAGGGUGAUAUAAAUGUUGAAGGACCUGAAAUGCAAGGAGGAAAAUUCAAGAUGCCAAAAUUGGAUGUUUCUUUACCAAAGGUUACUCUCCCUAAAGUUGAAGGGCCAGAUGUCAAAGGAAAUUUUGAAAUGCCAACUGCUGAUAUUUCGCUUCCCAAAGCAAGGAUAGAUGUGGAUAUUGAUGCUGGAACUGGUAAAGGUGGCAAGUUUCAUCUUCCGUCAGUUGAUAUAUCUCUUCCUAAAAUGAAAACAAAAGGAGUUGAUGUGGAUUUUCAUGGGCCUAACAUAAAAGGUGAUGUGUCACUUCCUAAAGUAAAGUCUCCAGAGGUUGACAUCACGCUUAAGGGCCCUGACAUAGAAGUUGGAAAGGUUGACUUGCCAGAUGUUGAUGUAUCACUUCCCAAAGGAAAACUUGAGGGUGACUUUGAAGGUGAGGGCCCUGAGGUGAAGGGCGGUAAAUUCAAAAUGCCCAAAAUUGAUAUGUCCUUACCAACAAUUAAUCUCCCAGAAGGUGGUUUGAAAAUAAAAGGCCCAGACAUCAAACCAAGAAAGAAUGAGAUGCCAGACAUUGAUCUUUCACUUCCCAAAGGAAAGGCAGGAGGAGACGUUGAAGCUAGAGGACCCUCUGGGAUAGGCGGAAAAUUUCACAUGCCCUCUAUUGACAUAACGCUCCCAAAGAUGAAGGGUAAAGGACCUGAGAUAAAUGUUGAAGGUCCAGAAGUUCAAGGUGGAAAUGUGAACAUGCCAUCUCUUGAUGUGUCUCUGCCCAAAAUGAAGUCACCUAAAGUAGAUAUCAGCCUUGAGGGUCCUGAUGUCAAAGAAGGAAAAGUUCAAAUCCCAACAAUCGAUGUUUCUCUUCCCAAAGGUAACGUGGAGGGUGAUAUAAAUGUUGAAGGACCUGAAAUGCAAGGAGGAAAAUUCAAGAUGCCAAAAUUGGAUGUUUCUUUACCAAAGGUUACUCUCCCUAAAGUUGAAGGGCCAGACGUCAAAGGAAAUUUUGAAAUGCCAACUGCUGAUAUUUCGCUUCCCAAAGCAAGGACAGAUGUGGAUAUUGAUGCUGGAACUGGUAAAGGUGGCAAGUUUCAUCUUCCGUCAGUUGAUAUAGUUCUUCCUAAAAUGAAAACAAAAGGAGUUGAUGUGGAUUUUCAUGGGCCUAACAUGAGAGGUGAUGUGUCACUUCCUAAAGUAAAGUCUCCAGAGGUUGACAUCACGCUUAAGGGCCCUGACAUAGAAGUUGGAAAGGUUGACUUGCCAGAUGUUGAUGUAUCACUUCCCAAAGGAAAACUUGAGGGUGACUUUGAAGGUGAGGGCCCUGAGGUGAAGGGCGGUAAAUUCAAAAUGCCCAAAAUUGAUAUGUCCUUACCAACAAUUAAUCUCCCAGAAGGUGGUUUGAAAAUGAAAGGCCCAGACAUCAAACCAAGAAAGAUUGAGAUGCCAGACAUUGAUCUCUCACUUCCCAAAGGAAAGGCAGGAGGAGACGUUGAAGCUAGAGGACCCUCUGGGAUAGGCGGAAAAUUUCACAUGCCCUCUAUUGACAUAACGCUCCCAAAGAUGAAGGGUAAAGGACCUGAGAUAAAUGUUGAAGGUCCAGAAGUUCAAGGUGGAAAUGUGAACAUGCCAUCUCUUGAUGUGUCUCUGCCCAAAAUGAAGUCACCUAAAGUAGAUAUCAGCCUUGAGGGUCUUGAUGUCAAAGGAGGAAAAGUUCAAAUCCCAACAAUCGAUGUUUCUCUUCCCAAAGGUAACGUGGAGGGUGAUAUAAAUGUUGAAGGACCUGAAAUGCAAGGAGGAAAAUUCAAGAUGCCAAAAUUGGAUGUUUCUUUACCAAAGGUUACUCUCCCUAAAGUUGAAGGGCCAGACGUCAAAGGAAAUUUUGAAAUGCCAACUGCUGAUAUUUCGCUUCCCAAAGCAAGGACAGAUGUGGAUAUUGAUGCUGGAACUGGUAAAGGUGGCAAGUUUCAUCUUCCGUCAGUUGAUAUAGUUCUUCCUAAAAUGAAAACAAAAGGUGUUGAUGUGGAUUUUCAUGGGCCUAACAUGAGAGGUGAUGUGUCACUUCCUAAAGUAAAGUCUCCAGAGGUUGACAUCACGCUUAAGGGCCCUGACAUAGAAGUUGGAAAGGUUGACUUGCCAGAUGUUGAUGUAUCACUUCCCAAAGGAAAACUUGAGGGUGACUUUGAAGGUGAGGGCCCUGAGGUGAAGGGCGGUAAAUUCAAAAUGCCCAAAAUUGAUAUGUCCUUACCAACAAUUAAUCUCCCAGAAGGUGGUUUGAAAAUAAAAGGCCCAGACAUCAAACCAAGAAAGAUUGAGAUGCCAGACAUUGAUCUCUCACUUCCCAAAGGAAAGGCAGGAGGAGACGUUGAAGCUAGAGGACCCUCUGGGAUAGGCGGAAAAUUUCACAUGCCCUCUAUUGACAUAACGCUCCCAAAGAUGAAGGGUAAAGGACCUGAGAUAAAUGUUGAAGGUCCAGAAGUUCAAGGUGGAAAUGUCAACAUGCCAUCUCUUGAUGUGUCUCUGCCCAAAAUGAAGUCACCUAAAGUAGAUAUCAGCCUUGAGGGUCCUGAUGUCAAAGGAGGAAAAGUUCAAAUCCCAACAAUCGAUGUUUCUCUUCCCAAAGGUAACGUGGAGGGUGAUAUAAAUGUUGAAGGACCUGAAAUGCAAGGAGGAAAGUUCAAGAUGCCAAAAUUGGAUGUUUCUUUACCAAAGGUUACUCUCCCUAAAGUUGAAGGGCCAGAUGUCAAAGGAAAUUUUGAAAUGCCAACUGCUGAUAUUUCGCUUCCCAAAGCAAGGACAGAUGUGGAUAUUGAUGCUGGAACUGGUAAAGGUGGCAAGUUUCAUCUUCCGUCAGUUGAUAUAGUUCUUCCUAAAAUGAAAACAAAAGGAGUUGAUGUGGAUUUUCAUGGGCCUAACAUAAAAGGUGAUGUGUCACUUCCUAAAGUAAAGUCUCCAGAGGUUGACAUCACCCUUAAGGGCCCUGACAUAGAAGUUGGAAAGGUUGACUUGCCAGAUGUUGAUGUAUCACUUCCCAAAGGAAAACUUGAGGGUGACUUUGAAGGUGAGGGCCCUGAGGUGAAGGGCGGUAAAUUCAAAAUGCCCAAAAUUGAUAUGUCCUUACCAACAAUUAAUCUCCCAGAAGGUGGUUUGAAAAUGAAAGGCCCAGACAUCAAACCAAGAAAGAUUGAGAUGCCAGACAUUGAUCUUUCACUUCCCAAAGGAAAGGCAGGAGGAGACGUUGAAGGUAGAGGACCCUCUGGCAUAGGCGGAAAAUUUCACAUGCCCUCUAUUGACAUAACGCUCCCAAAGGUGAAGGGUAAAGGACCUGAGAUAAAUGUUGAAGGUCCAGAAGUUCAAGGUGGAAAUGUGAACAUGCCAUCUCUUGAUGUGUCUCUGCCCAAAAUGAAGUCACCUAAAGUAGAUAUCAGCCUUGAGGGUCCUGAUGUCAAAGGAGGAAAAGUUCAAAUCCCAACAAUCGAUGUUUCUCUUCCCAAAGGUAACGUGGAGGGUGAUAUAAAUGUUGAAGGACCUGAAAUGAAAGGAGGAAAGUUCAAGAUGCCAAAAUUGGAUGUUUCUUUACCAAAGGUUACUCUCCCUAAAGUUGAAGGGCCAGACGUCAAAGGAAAUUUUGAAAUGCCAACUGCUGAUAUUUCGCUUCCCAAAGCAAGGACAGAUGUGGAUAUUGAUGCUGGAACUGGUAAAGGUGGCAAGUUUCAUCUUCCGUCAGUUGAUAUAUCUCUUCCUAAAAUGAAAACAAAAGGUGUUGAUGUGGAUUUUCAUGGGCCUAACAUGAAAGGUGAUGUGUCACUUCCUAAAGUAAAGUCUCCAGAGGUUGACAUCAGCCUUAAGGGCCCUGACAUAGAAGUUGGAAAGGUUGACUUGCCAGAUGUUGAUGUAUCACUUCCCAAAGGAAAACUUGAGGGUGACUUUGAAGGUGAGGGCCCUGAGGUGAAGGGCGGUAAAUUCAAAAUGCCCAAAAUUGAUAUGUCCUUACCAACAAUUAAUCUCCCAGAAGGUGGUUUGAAAAUGAAAGGCCCAGACAUCAAACCAAGAAAGAUUGAGAUGCCAGACAUUGAUCUCUCACUUCCCAAAGGAAAGGCAGGAGGAGACGUUGAAGCUAGAGGACCCUCUGGGAUAGGCGGAAAAUUUCACAUGCCCUCUAUUGACAUAACGCUCCCAAAGAUGAAGGGUAAAGGACCUGAGAUAAAUGUUGAAAGUCCAGAAGUUCAAGGUGGAAAUGUGAACAUGCCAUCUCUUGAUGUGUCUCUGCCCAAAAUGAAGUCACCUAAAGUAGAUAUCAGCCUUGAGGGUCCUGAUGUCAAAGGAGGAAAAGUUCAAAUCCCAACAAUUGAUGUUUCUCUUCCCAAAGGUAACGUGGAGGGUGAUAUAAAUGUUGAAGGACCUGAAAUGCAAGGAGGAAAGUUCAAGAUGCCAAAAUUGGAUGUUUCUUUACCAAAGGUUACUCUCCCUAAAGUUGAAGGGCCAGACGUCAAAGGAAAUUUUGAAAUGCCAACUGCUGAUAUUUCGCUUCCCAAAGCAAGGACAGAUGUGGAUAUUGAUGCUGGAACUGGUAAAGGUGGCAAGUUUCAUCUUCCGUCAGUUGAUAUAGUUCUUCCUAAAAUGAAAACAAAAGGAGUUGAUGUGGAUUUUCAUGGGCCUCACAUGAAAGGUGAUGUGUCACUUCCUAAAGUAAAGUCUCCAGAGGUUGACAUCAGCCUUAAGGGCCCUGACAUAGAAGUUGGAAAGGUUGACUUGCCAGAUGUUGAUGUAUCACUUCCCAAAGGAAAACUUGAGGGUGACUUUGAAGGUGAGGUCCCUGAGGUGAAGGGCGGUAAAUUCAAAAUGCCCAAAAUUGAUAUGUCCUUACCAACAAUUAAUCUCCCAGAAGGUGGUUUGAAAAUGAAAGGCCCAGACAUCAAACCAAGAAAGAUUGAGAUGCCAGACAUUGAUCUCUCACUUCCCAAAGGAAAGGCAGGAGGAGACGUUGAAGCUAGAGGACCCUCUGGGAUAGGCGGAAAAUUUCACAUGCCCUCUAUUGACAUAACGCUCCCAAAGAUGAAGGGUAAAGGACCUGAGAUAAAUGUUGAAGGUCCAGAAGUUCAAGGUGGAAGUGUGAACAUGCCAUCUCUUGAUGUGUCUCUGCCCAAAAUGAAGUCACCUAAAGUAGAUAUCAGCCUUGAGGGUCCUGAUGUCAAAGGAGGAAAAGUUCAAAUCCCAACAAUUGAUGUUUCUCUUCCCAAAGGUAACGUGGAGGGUGAUAUAAAUGUUGAAGGACCUGAAAUGCAAGGAGGAAAGUUCAAGAUGCCAAAAUUGGAUGUUUCUUUACCAAAGGUUACUCUCCCUAAAGUUGAAGGGCCAGACGUCAAAGGAAAAUUUGAAAUGCCAACUGCUGAUAUUUCGCUUCCCAAAGCAAGGACAGAUGUGGAUAUUGAUGCUGGAACUGGUAAAGGUGGCAAGUUUCAUCUUCCGUCAGUUGAUAUAGUUCUUCCUAAAAUGAAAACAAAAGGUGUUGAUGUGGAUUUUCAUGGGCCUCACAUGAAAGGUGAUGUGUCACUUCCUAAAGUAAAGUCUCCAGAGGUUGACAUCAGCCUUAAGGGCCCUGACAUAGAAGUUGGAAAGGUUGACUUGCCAGAUGUUGAUGUAUCACUUCCCAAAGGAAAACUUGAGGGUGACUUUGAAGGUGAGGUCCCUGAGGUGAAGGGCGGUAAAUUCAAAAUGCCCAAAAUUGAUAUGUCCUUACCAACAAUUAAUCUCCCAGAAGGUGGUUUGAAAAUGAAAGGCCCAGACAUCAAACCAAGAAAGAUUGAGAUGCCAGACAUUGAUCUCUCACUUCCCAAAGGAAAGGCAGGAGGAGACGUUGAAGCUAGAGGACCCUCUGGGAUAGGCGGAAAAUUUCACAUGCCCUCUAUUGACAUAACGCUCCCAAAGAUGAAGGGUAAAGGACCUGAGAUAAAUGUUGAAGGUCCAGAAGUUCAAGGUGGAAAUGUGAACAUGCCAUCUCUUGAUGUGUCUCUGCCCAAAAUGAUGUCACCCACAGGGCAAGAUGGCAACAACAUUUCUGAAAUUCCAACUGCUGAUAUUUCAAUUCCAGAAGGAACACUUCAAGGCAAUACUAACAUUAAAGGGCCACAAGGAAAGGGAAAUUUUAAACAUGACAGAAAAGGUAAAGGCCUCCACAUGCCAGUUCUUGACCUUAGUCUGCCCAGAUUUGACCUAGAUCUCAACCUUCCGUCUGGUUCUAAAGAAAAAGGGCUUAAAGUGGAUGCCAGUGGCCCUGAUGCUUCUGUAGAUUUGGAGAUGUCAAGUUUUAAAGGUGAUAUUAAGCCAGCAAAGUCGAAAGUUAAAGGUGAGGUCUUGCACAAAGGUGGCGUUGAAGGUCCAGAGGAAUCCCUGAAACUUCCCUCUGUCAAACUUCCAACAGUUGACAUCUCAGCUCCUAAAGUGGAUCUAGGUUUUGGCUUCACCAAACCUAAAGAUGAUGAUGUAGUAGUAGAGCUUUUAAAAGCAGAAGGAGGAAGACCUUCAUCGGGUGGCAGCUUUGAUCUACCAGAUGUCACCCUCAAGGUUCCUAGUUUUUCUCUUCCAAGGAUGAUUGGGAAGUCAAAAAACAAAGAUUUAGGAUCAUCAGAACCUAAGGGAGAUGUUUCUGUCAGUCCACUAAAUGUGGAGGGGGAGUUUAGGGCUCCAUCAGUAGAAUUUGAUGGAGAUGGAAAAGUCAAAGUGAAAAAACCUAAAAUCAAGUUCCCCUCAUUAGACAUUUCUACAAAGGACCCAGAUUUGUCAUUGUCUUAUCCUGAUGUUGAUGUCAAAAUGGCAAAAGAACGAACUGGAGUUUCUAAUGUGGAUUUCAAUAUUGAGGCCUCAGGGGACAAGACAAAAAAUAAAAUAAAGUUACCCAAAUUCAAGCUAUCCUCUCCAAAACUUCAAUUCCUCGAGGGAAAGGUUGAUGUGGAAGCAGAUGUGGAAGGGAAGGGUGGUUUCCAUGUUCCUGAUGUCUCUCUUAAAUUACCAAAGUUCUCAAAGCCAGGAUUUGCCUCUAAAGAAAAAUAUUUAAGUCAACCAAGUGUUGAAUGUGAAACCCAAGCAAAGGUCAAAAUGCCAUCAGUUGAGUUGUCACUACCAGCCGUCAAAACACCAGAGAUGGAGUUUCUCCUCCCCAAAGCAGAGAAUAAUGUUUCAGAAACAGAUAUUAAAGGUUAUGAAGGAAACCUUAACAUCCCUCAAAUGCCAACAGUUGAUGUUUCCAUUCCAAAGGUGGACUUGGACGUGUCCCAGCCAAAAGUAAAAACCCCAAAGACUGAAGGUCUUGAUGUGAAGAUGAAAGGAUCGGAAGAAACAAUUAAACUGUCUCAAGUAACAAUGCCAAUGAUAGAUAUGUCCCUACCUAAAGUGAUAUCUAAAGAUUUUCCUGCACCUGAAGUUGAAAUUAAUGGUGAUGGAGGCAAGUUCGAAAUGCCUAAUAUUGGCCUCACUCUUCCCAAAGGAAAACUGCAAGGCACAGAGUCAAAUGAGAUGCCGCACAUAAAAAUGACAGAUGUUUAUGUCUCUCACCCCAAAGGAAAGAUUGAAUGUCCAGAAAGGGAAAUCAAAGGUGAAGAGGGGAAAACACCACACACAAGUCUGCCGUCUAUUGAAAUUUCACUACCCAAGGGAAAAUUUGACGGUCCAAAUGUAGAAGAAAAUGGAAAAGCUACAUUUAAAACACCAUACAUGAAAAUGCCUUCAGCUGACAUAUCAAUGCCAAAGGAAGCAACAGACAAUCCAGACACCGAAAUGAAGGGACAUAUAAGAGGAAAUUUUAGGCUGCCCAAUGUGAGAAUGCCAAAUGCUGAAUUAUCUUUGCCUAAAGGAAAAGAUGCUCCAGAAAUGGAGAUUGAAGGAAAGUUCAAAAUGCCAAAAGUUGACAUAGCUCUUCCUGAAAGAAAAUAUUCUCCAGAAGGCCCAGGAAUAGAAAUAAACAAGGAUCUUAAACUUCCAAUGCCAGCAAUAGAUACUAAAGGUCCACAAAUUGUUACAGAGCUUGACAAAGAAUUUCACAGAGGGGAGGGCAGGAAGGCCAAGUCUAAAGGUGAAUUACCUAGGUCAGAUCUAAGCACAGCCGGAACCUGCGUAAAAGUUGAGGAGCCCAAAGGCAAAGGAAAAAAUAUCAGGAUUGGAAUGCAAAAAAGGAAGAAAUAUGAUGAUGUAACAGUAGAUGGAAAACCAAGGGGCAAAGAUCCCAUUAACAACUCAGCAGCAGUCCUAACUCUUCUGAAGACGGACCUAAAAUCAGGGGCAGAAGACCAGUCAGCCCCCAGUCAGGAAAUCAAAGUACCACGAAUACCAGACAUUGAUUUUGACAUUGGUACAUCACAAGAUGAGGAGGAUGAUAAAACAGAAAAGGACAAAAAAGUCUACAUCCCUAAGUUUGGUGUUCCGUUACCUUCACUUGCCUCCCCCGAAAGAAGGGCAAAUAUCUAUGGAUCAGAAGUUCAGUAUGAGGGUCCUAAAAUGCCCAAAGUAAAGAAAGCUGUUUUUGUAUUGGUAAAUCCAGAUGAGGCAGAUGAGCCAGCUAAAAGCACCAGUAUCCAGAAAGAGGAGAAACUAGAUGAAAAGAAGAUAGAGGAGGUCAAAGUGAAGAUGCCAAAAAUCAAAAUGAAGCCAAAUUUUGGGAAGUCCAAAGAAAAAUCAUCCACAGCCUGUGCAGAAAUGUGUUUAAAUCCAAAGGAGAAGUCAAACGAAGAGACAAUAAAAAUGCCCAAAGUUUCAUUUCCUUCUGACGUAUCAGGAUCAUAUGAUUUUGCUGCAAAAGACGACGGUUCAGAGUCAAGUUUUAAUGGAGAAAGCGAAGCAACUCCUCACAAGGGUUCCAAAGAUGACAGAGGAGCAAUAAGCGGGAAGAUCAAACUUCCAAAGGUGGAGUUCUCUAGUCCAUACAGCAAAAUGGCUGCUGGGGCAGAGAAGGCAGAGAUGAAAGGUAGAAAGGGAAAGGAUUCAUCAACAAUGGGAGAUGUGAAAGGGCUUCACACAAAGCCAGCACAAAUGAUCCAUACCAGUGAUACAGUAGAGUCUUCCAAGUAUGUGGUUUCAUCUCAUGCCAGAACAGAGAUGUUGGACAGGGACAGCUCAGAGUCUCCAGUUAGUUUUAGCACCGAGAUCGGUUCAACUAGAAUUCAGACGAGGAAAGAGGCGGCGAUUAGGGAAGUGGGGGCUGAAGAAAAGGAGUCUUCUUGGUUCAAGGUCCCGAAGAUAACGCUGAAGCCCCACACCUCCGGCUUCUUGCAGAUAACCCCAGAGGGUUCUCCUCAGGCCCAGCGAAGAGGUGAGAUAGCAGGUGACACUGACAUCUCUGGGUCCUUCUGCCUCCACUCCACAGGCCUUGACUGUUCCACUCAAUCGGAAGAACACCAUGUGUCCUCCACGGAGGAGGGAACUGUUACCAUGGUAACCAAGACCACCAGAACUACACAUCUGGUGACCAGUGAAACAGGUGAAUCUACAAUGUGUCAAGUAUCAGACGUUUAGUAAUACUGAUGUCUGAAAUAUCCUCUGGUUUCUUUGUUGUGGUGUUUUUUAGCCCGGGAGGUUGCGGUGUUCUUUAAAUGUGACAAACAAUUCAAUAAAGUCUAUACUUUAUAUUUCAUUAGGUUAGAUGAAAUGUAGUCUGAGUUAUUUAUCCAGUUUUGUUUGGUUUUUAGAACUUCUUUAUUAGUAUAAACGUGUCAGUUACUCACAUCAAAACGAUGGAUCGGAUCAUGAUUUGAGUCGUUUAUUUUGUGUCUCUACAGCAGCUGUCUGACGCGCGUCUCUGUACAUUUAUCUAUAAUUUAAGGGGUUUUGAAGCAGUUUCCUGUUACCUAUAAAUGUAAUUAUUUUCAUAUCUAAUAGUGUUGGGGAGAGAAAUAUAUUUUGAUCUAAAGAUUUAUUUUGUGUGAACUAUCAUGAGAAUAUAAUCUAUUUUUGUUUUUUACCGUAGAUUUCUAUUAAAGGCAUUUAUUCAGUUGGUGCUUUUUUUCAAAGUUUAUCGAUGUAGAUGUGUGUGACGCUCGUUUUCUGCUGUGGGGAUCGAACAUGUGACCUGGUUACAGAUUGCUCUCGAACUGCUGCUAGUUCAUUUUUACUACUGCCUGGAACGUAUGCCACUGUACAACCUGGAAACUAGAUGCUGGUUUGUUUAUUUUUUGAUUUCCUUGUAUUAAGAGGCAAAAUAUAAAUAGUAAACUGGAGUGAAUUUGAUUUAUUUUUAUCUGAAUAAUAAAAAAUAUUCUUUUAUUUAAUAUUUUCAUAACAUAAAUCAGCUGCAACAAGACUUCUUAAGGAGUUGCAGACCUUUUGAUCAACUUUAAAAAGUCAGAAAACUAAAUAAUAAUCUGACAAUUAUUUUAUUAAUUAUUUGACUAUUUCCUGGAAUAAAUAACUUAUUAGUCAAAUUAGUGUGGAAAUCAUCUUUUAACAUGUAAAUAAUUCUGAAAUGAACUCAAACUGAGCUUUUGCUACCAUUUUACUCCAACCAGGUUUAAAUUUGUAUUUUUAAUGGAGUAAACCACAUGAGAAUUAGCUCCAUUCUGUAACACUUUGGUUGGGAAAUGGAAUUAAACUGUCAUCAAAUCAAGAAAAACUUUUUAUUAUUUCCCUGUUUUCAAAGUGAAGCUGAGUGGUGACUACUAUAAUGUGUCUACACAGGUUUUCAUUCAUGUUUCUUUUGGAUUGGAAGUUUUUUUAUGCCAAAUGUUUUGUCAGAACUCCACUGGAAAGAAAUUUGUUUAUAUAAAUAAAGUAAUAUUCAUUUGA